AAUUGACCUUUCGCAAAAGCCCCGCCCCCCUUAGUUACCGUUGCUAGCCCGACAAGCUUCUUGACGCCGACGGAGUGUCAACACAGUGUCAUGUCGGGGAAAAAUAUAGCGGUGCGUGUCAGUGACUCUUUUUGGAGCAAUACUUGUGCGAUAUCCUCCAGAUCGAGGCAAAAGGGGUUACAGUAUGCGGUGGAGGGAUACAUUAAAAACAUUAAAAUAAACAAAGAAGGGGACACUACGACUGUCGAGGCGAAAGCGUACCGGUCAAUGGCAAAAUCGGAGAAACCCCAUGAUCUCUACCUCACAUGCAACGAGCACAGCCUUUUGGACCAGUUAUGCUCUUGCACUGCCGGGUAAGUUCAGGACACUUGUAUACUUCAGGAGGAUGUUGACUGAAAUAUUUAAAUUAGUUAGAUAGCCAGUCAACAUCCUUUCAACUAUCCUUUCUAGCAAGAAGCAACGUCAUCAGAGUCUAGCUUGUUACAAUAUGUUGUUACAACAUGGAUGUAAGGUUACAUGUCAAGGCACUCUAAUAUUGCAGUAACUAGCUAGUAACAUUAUUGUCAUAAGGCUGGUUGACAUAAGCAAUUCAUAGUCACUGCAAAUAGCAUUUCCAAAACAAACACCUAAUGCUACUUCUGGCUUAAAUCAGUUCACCAGGUUUUUGCUCUCACAUUGUGGGCCUUAUGUACACCCUGGACCUGUGCCGUGCCAGACAUAAUGACAUCUCCUCCACAAGCCAGCCUCAGCAGUGGCACAAAGCCAGGGGUAAAAAAAUAACUGGACAACCUGUGAGCAGUGUGGUGGUAGCCAAGGCCAAAGUCAACCGCAAGCGGAAACCCAUCAUGUCCAGCUAUAUCCACAAUAAGAAAGAGUUAGGGACAGCAGUGUAUGGUCUACUGAGGGAGAUGUCAGAUGCACCUAUAAGCUACAUUGCUGAUGAAACUGCACCUGAGGUAGAAGUUGGAGGCAGGAAGUAUGCAGUGGGGUGCGGUCUAAGCCACCAGCUGCCACUUGUUUGCCAAGUUGGAGAGUCUUCUGUUGAUCCUGGAGUAACUCCUGUCAGCCAACCAGAUGACCUGCCCAACUUUCCUCUGCCAUCCCAACCCACCAGCUUCUGCACAGUUCUGAGUGAAAGUGCCAUGCGUUGUUACACAGAACUGAAAAUGUCUUUGCCUGAUUCUAUAGCUCUGGAACAGGAAACCAGGGAACAGAGCACAAACAACUUGUGGUUCCAUGCAAGGUCUGCCCGAAUAACAUCAACCUCUUUUAAAAGAAUCUGCUCUAGGAGAGCUGACCAUGAAAAACUUGCUACAAGCUUAAAGAGUGCCGCAUCAGUACAAACUAAGGCCAUGAAAAGAGGUGUAGAACAAGAGCCCAUAGCAGCAACACAGUACACAAAGCUCACAGGUAAUCUAGUGUAUCCAUGUGGUUUUGUUGUAAAUCCUGAUGCCCCACACCUUGGUACUUCACCUGACCGUAAGGUGAUAGAGGGAGGAGGGAGUGAAAGCCCAAGCUAUGGGCUUUUAGAAAUUAAGUGCCCAUCCAAGAACAGCUUUACAGAGUGUCCUUACCUUUGCAAGCAGGCAGAUGGACGCUAUAAACUAAAAGAGUGUAAUGCCCAUCAUUAUCAAAUAAUGGGGCAGCUUGGGCUCACGGGUAUGUCAUGGUGUGAUUUUUUUGUUAAAUGUGAGGAAGAUUACCACCUAGAAAGAAUACAAUUUGAUGUUGCAAAAUGGGAAGAGAUGAAGAGCAAGCUUGAUGCAUUUUUCUUUGACUACUAUGUUACAUACCAGUGAGAUAAAUCCGUGAUCGUCUUACUGUAUGUAUGUAUGGACUCUUAUUUUGUUCUCUUGUUUCUUUGUUCUUCUUGUUUGUUUUGACCUCUGAACAGAGAAUGAAAGUGCCAAUAAAGGAACUUAUUCACUGUCUGAAACA